GUCGCGCUCGUCCCCGCGCGAACGACGCGAGAUCGCCGCCGGAUCGAUACCCGUCAUCGUCGAGGGCAAGCCAGACGCGUUCUCGAGGCGCGCGUCGGGCGCGGAGGCGACGUUCGAUCGUCGACACGGAACACCGGAAGUUUGAAAUGUCGCGUCAGAUCGUCGAGAUGACAUCCGCCGUCGGGCGCAACGUCCCCGUCGGGCUCUCGUCGAGAUGCCGCGUCGCGCCGACGCCGGCGGCACUUCGCCGGCACGGCUACUCCCGCCGCGUGACUUCCUCGACGACGACGACGACGGCGGCGUCGUCCAGCGCCGGCGUCGGCGCGCGCGAAGACGCGUCGCUCUCCGUGGCGGACCUCGUUCGCCCCGUCCUGCCGUCGCACGGAUCGACGACGAGGUCGCCCGCGUCCGCGGUGUUCCAGGUCGCGGACCUCCCUCCGCCGGUCCCCACCCCCUCCGCGAGCGCUCGCGGCGCGGGCGCGCUCGAAGUCGCGAUGCCGCCGGCGAGUCACCUUCUCUCCGCGACAGCCGCGGGGCUGUCCCUCGCGUUCGCGUUUUGCAAGCUGAAGAAGAACCUGGACACCCCCGGGCGUCCGUGGAUGGACGAGACGACGGUGGGGAAGGAGUACGACGCGUGGACGGACGAGAAAAUUCUGGAGUAUUACUGGGGCGAGCACAUCCAUUUGGGGUAUUACAAAGACGAGGACCUUCGCAGAGGCGCGGGAACGUUACGCGGGAGCCGCGUGAAGGACUUCGUCGAGGCGAAGCUCGACUUCGUGGACGAGAUGCUCGCGUGGAGCAGGUUCAACGGAACCCCGAGGAAGGUGCUCGACGUCGGGUGCGGCAUCGGCGGCGCGACGCGGCACCUCGCGAACAAGUUCGGCUCGAACACGCGCGUCACCGGGGUGACGCUCUCGCCGAAGCAAGCGCGGCGAGCGGGCGAGCUCGCGUUGAAGCAAGGCGUCCCGAACGCGGAGUUCCUCGUCAUGGACGCGCUCGAGAUGGACUUCCCAGACGACCAUUUCGACGUGGUGUGGGCGUGCGAGAGCGGGGAGCACAUGCCGGACAAGGGUAAGUACGUCGAGGAGAUGGUGCGCGUGUUGAAACCCGGCGGGACGUUGGUCAUCGCGACGUGGUGCCAACGCUCGACGCCGCCCGCGUUCACGCCGAGAGAGGUCGUGAACUUGAACUACCUGUACGAGGAAUGGGCGCACCCGUACUUCAUCUCCAUAAACGACUACGCGAUGCUCUUGAAAGGCACAAUGAAGAUGGACACGGUGGAGACGGACGACUGGACGCGGCAGACGAUCGCGAGCUGGCGGCACUCGAUCUGGGUGGGGGUGUGGGACCCCAUGCCGGUGUUCUCCAGGCCUCGCAUUUGGUACAAGACGCUGCGAGACAUCGUGUGCUUAGAGCGCAUGCGACGCGCGUUCGGGUGCGGGCUCAUGCAGUAUGGGAUGAUCAAAGGGACGAAGAGCCGCAAAGGGACGUGGAGCUCGUUUUAGAGAGUUUUGAUAGCAGUACGUGUACGUUUAGUACAGCUGGUGUCCAGUGUGGACCGAAGGUCCACUCUGCCGUCACUCUUGGUC